AUGAAGACUACAUUCAAAGGCCGGUGUUUUAUGACUCACGCGACGAAAGCCAUUUACCGCUGGAUUUUAGCCGAUUAUAUCAAAGUGUCGAACAUUUCGGCGGAACUAAUGCUUUACAAUGAGUCAGAUUUGGAGCAAUCGAUGGACAAAAUCGAAACCAUUAACUUUCACGAAGAGAAAGAGGUCUCUGGAGUGCGCUUUUGGUGCUAUAACGCGGGCCACGUGUUGGGCGCCGCUAUGUUUAUGAUAGAGAUCGCCGGCGUUAAGGUCUUAUACACCGGAGACUUCUCACGUCAAGAGGACAGGCAUCUCAUGAGCGCUGAGAUACCCGCCAUCCGACCCGAUAUAUUGAUCAUUGAGUCCACUUAUGGCACACAUAUUCACGAGAAGCGCGAAGAACGUGAGGCCAGGUUUACGGGAAUCGUUUACGACACAGUGAGUCGCGGCGGUCGGUGUCUGAUCCCAGUGUUUGCUUUGGGUCGGGCGCAGGAACUGCUGCUCAUUCUGGACGAGUAUUGGUCACAACACCCGGAACUGCACGACAUUCCCAUCUAUUACGCGUCCUCUUUGGCCAAGAAGUGUAUGUCUGUAUACCAGACAUAUAUCAACGCAAUGAACGAUAAGAUCAAAAGGCAGAUCGCGAUCAGUAAUCCAUUUGUAUUCAAACACAUAUCAAACCUGAAGUCAAUCGACCACUUCGACGAUGUGGGUCCGUGUGUAGUGAUGGCCAGCCCUGGUAUGAUGCAGAGCGGCCUCUCGAGGGAACUGUUCGAGACGUGGUGUCCCGACUCUCGCAACUGUUGCAUAAUCGCUGGUUAUUGCGUUGAGGGAACGCCAGCCAAACUAGUGUUGGCCGAACCCGAAGAGGUGACGUCAAUGAGCGGCCAAAAGAUCGCCCGAAAGUGUCAAAUAGAGUACAUCUCGUUCUCCGCGCACACGGACUACAAGCAAACGAGUGAAUUCAUACGAGCGCUAAGACCGCCGCACAUAAUGCUAGUCCACGGAGAGGCCAAUGAAAUGAACCGAUUAAAGGCCGCACUUCACCGCGAAUACGAGGACUCAGACAAUCCGCCCGCUCUUUACACUCCCAGGAAUACAAUCGCCGUUCAGUUUCACUUUAGAGGCGAGAAGACGGCUAAAGUGAUGGGAAGUUUGGCCAUUGAUCUGCCAAAAGCUGGCCAUAAAUUGUCUGGAGUUUUGGUCAAACGGAACUUCAGUUACCAUUUGUUAGCGCCGACGGAUUUGAGUAAAUAUACAGAUAUGGUUAUGAGUACUAUUAGCCAAAAGCUGAGCGUUCACUUCACCGGCACUUUUCAAGACUUGUGUAACAUUUUAUCGCAUUUUGAUUACGAGAUUAUGGAAAGCAAAAGCGGAAACAAAUCGAUUCGAGUUAUGCGUAAAAUUGUUAUUGUGUUGAAUACUGUGAGUAAAUUCAUAACUCUUGAUUGGGUGGCGAGUCCUGUCACCGAUAUGUACGCCGACUCUAUUGUCGCACUACUUCUCAAGAAUGAAGGCAAUGAACACAACAAUCAACUCAACGACAAGGCAUUGGACGCACCGCUUCUGACAGACCUCUUGAAAGACAUGUUUGGUGUCGAAGAGCUCACCAACAAAGGAGACACCAAUGUAUUGAUGUGUUGUAUCGAUGGAACUGAUGUCGAGAUUGAUUUGAAUAAAAAACAAAUUAUCAAAUGUAAUGACGAGACCAUCAGUUCAAUGAUCACUAAACUUCUCUCAUGUCCCGCAUCUCAAGCCACUACUAAAUGA